AUGACACCCAUCACCCCGCUGGAGCCGGGCAUGGAAAUGUUUGAAAGGGGAAAAGCAUCGUCCCUUUUCUCCGCCGCUCUAACGGCCCGCUCCUCGCUCGAGCGUCCGCUUUCUCACAUCAGCGUCGCCUAUACCGACAUUGAGGACGACUCAAGCGAAUUCGAGGAGUUUGGCGGCUCUUCUAGCGACAACCGACGAAGUCAAACAACAAUAUCAACAUUUGAAGAAGUGACUACCCCAGGAGAAGACAUCCGACCACAGUUUGCUUUUUGGCCAGAACCCAAGCCAGUAGAAGGCCCAAAGGGUCCACAUCUGUUUCGUGCUUCGCAGUCCUCAAACGAGUUUCCAUAUGAUGAUGCGCUGCAGCUGUCUCCCUUGCUACCAAAGCACACACCACUUCGCCAUCAAACUGCAUUCCGCGAGGCAACUCCAGAAACAAUUGUGCCCCAAAUAGAGUACAACAACAUCGCCCUCGCCGUAGCCCACCUCGACAAUGCCGAAGUGCGUGCUUGGACUUCUCAAGACGUGGCUACCUGGAUGUACCAGAAUGGAUUUGAAGACGACAUCAUUGACAAGUUCAUCGGACACGACAUCACGGGCGCCGUCCUCCUAGAUAUGCAGUUUGAUGAUCUAAAAGAGUUGGAGAUCCAGUCCUUUGGCAAGAGACAUCAGCUAUGGAAUCAGAUCGACUCCCUCCGCACCGCAGAAGGUCUCAUCUCUCCCACCGCCCCUGCCGCCAUCCCAACCCCGUUUGAAGACAUCGAACGCCCUUGCAAAGAGGCAAGAAACAGAUCAAAGAGCAAGGGUCGGAAAGCUAGUCGCCGUGACAAGUCGCGCGGCCGCAAUCUAGGAGACGAUCUCAUCACGCCUGCCCACUCCGUCUCGAUUGUCGCCAUUGAACAGCUACUGCCCAAGCCUCACGUGUGCGCAAAGGGUGAACGGUGCUCCAAGUGGAAGAAGCAACAAAGGCAGCUCGCCAGACUCCAACAGGAACACGGCUUUCCCAUCUCUCCCGAAAAGGGCGGCCACAUCUUUAUUGCUGGCGAUCCUGGCAACGCCCAAACUGCAAGUCAUGCUGUCGAGAACGUCCACCGCCCCAACUCAGAAUCCGCGCCCUCCGUUGUGGUCCCGUCUGUGGUUGCAUCGUCUGACGUGCUAGGCCCUGGCCAGCUACCAGACUUUUCCCUCCAAGAUCUGCAAAAGUUUGAGCAACGCGACCCACAAGACAAUGUGCGACAGUUCCUCACCCUACAGGGCCAGCAGCAACCUUAUCAGACCGCUACUCCAAUCGAAGCGCCUCCCACCCCGCCUGCCGAGAUAUACCCACCCCGUCCAUUCUUGGUGAUACCACAGCAACAGUACUGCCCGCCGGUUUCGGCCUUCUCCGCAUCUACAUCGGCACAUACCACUGGGUCGUUCGAGCCAUUCGCACACACCCCGUCGACCCCAGCUCUCCACCCUCCAGAGUUCAUACCAGCGCCUCACUCGAACCUCAAGAGCCUUCCUAAAUUGACCAUUCCCCCGGCACGUGCAAUGUCUGUCCAGCCUGGCGGCAACCCACGUAGCGGUGCUCCGGUACCCCAAUACCUCGCACCGGACAGCGCCUUUUCGCCUUGUAGGACGGCUUCACCGGGUGGGGUUUACCGAUUCGGUACGCCUUUCUCCGAGAUGGAUGUACCUGUGACCGCCGUGCAACCAGAGCCUCUCAGCCGCGACACAAGCCAGUCCGUGCCCCCAAACAUGCAGUACCAGCCCCAACUCCACAGGUCUGGCUCGCGUCACGACCGGCGACGCCCAUCACUGCCCAUGCCAGCGCUAGCCGAAGAGCGCGUGUUCAGCCCAACCGCCCACUCAGAUGACGACACUUUGCGCGAAACCAUCUUCGAUGACUCAGUUAGCCCCGUUGACAGUGCCAGCUCAUCACCGCUCAAAGCCACCAAGCAAUUUGACAUGGAGGCCCAAGACACCGUUGCACCUCUUCAUAAGGGUGGCUUCGUGUACAAGGGCGUCAACCACCAUGGUUGGAUGAAGAAGCGCCGGACCAAACUCUUGCGCCACGAAUGGCAAGACCACCACUUCAGGCUCCAGGGCACGCUACUAGCCAUGCACCCCAAUGAGCUUCCUUCCUCAUCUGCCCUGCAAACCAUUGAUGUAGAUGACUAUGCUGUAGCAUGCUCGUCACUAGCUUCAAACAAGCUCUCAAGCAAGCUCAGGGCCCUCAAGCUCUCUUCGGGCCAUCACAAGGACAAGUCGGCUGCCAACGCGCCUGCUUUUGAGUUUCAGCUUGUGCCCACCGCUCCUGGCAAAGGCGAUGUCAAGAAGCUAAUGCCUAACGGCAAGGUUCAACACUUUGCCGUCACUACCAAAGACCAGAGGAUCGACUGGAUGCGCGAGCUCAUGUUGGCCAAAGCUUUGAAGGCCAAAAACGACGGCUAUCAAGUCAAUGUCAAUGGUGCUAACAUGUAG